UUUGCCGAAAAUGAUGUCUAACACACUGACAUGUCGGUAGCGCCAGACAAUUGGAUGCAUUUUAGCAAGCAAACUGGGUGAAAACCAGUUGUCUUGUAUCAGACUUCAGUAAUUCUAUCAAUCAUAAUCGACUGUAAGUUUUUGUGACAGGAGACACAGAGUGUAUCUAGCGAAGGGCCUCGUCUUAUCGUCUGUAGCCUAUGCGAUCGCGCUUGUAAACUGUCAACUCCAUGUUGAAGUUGAUGUUUCGCGAUCAAAUUCUUGGCAAGACGUCUUGAUUUGGAGAUAUUUGUUUUCACCAUGCUAGUUGCUAUAAAUUGCAGGUAGUACUUUCUACGUCUCAAAGUACGGUUUGAAACCAACCAGCGGUAGGCAAUACUUAUUGGAAGUUAGUGGGUUUCUGUUGUGUCGUUCCGAACAAUGAAUCGCUUGGUUGCGUUUGUAGUACUGUGCGUUGCCGUUUUGGCGAGUGCUGAAGACACAUCGCUACGCUCAACGGAAUGGCAGGGGCGUAUUAUUGGUGGUAUGAAUGCAGCCUCGGGUCAAUUCCCGUACCAAGUAUCGCUGACAACGUUAUCGUACAGGCAUUUCUGCGGUGGUGCCAUCAUCGGUGAUUACUGGAUCUUGACGGCGGGACACUGCCUGAUCAACCGUAAGGCAGAGGAUGUAAUUGCGGUUGUUGGUGGGCUUACGAGCGCACAUGGCGGUUUCAAUUACGAUGUGCGGGAGGUGAUCGUGCAUCCCAACUUUAACGAGUGGACGCAGCAGAAUGAUAUUGCCAUAGUGCGCACUAUGUGGGCGAUGCAUUUCAAUACAGCCGUGUUUCCGGUGAAGAUGGCCCGCGCGUACACACCGGCCAAUCGGGCAGUCCUUGCAUCUGGAUGGGGUUUAACAUCGGUCAACGUUCCAACACCGGCCGAUGUGCUGCAGUUCGUGGCUCUGCGUACGAUCAGCAAUGAGGAUUGUACACAACGUUUCCUCAACCUUCAGAAUCGAGUCGUCACCCGCGACAAUCUGUGCACGUACAGCCGGAACGCACAGGGCACUUGUAUGGGAGACUCCGGUGGUCCGCUGGUAAAUGAUGGCGAAUUGGUUGGUCUAGUGUCGUGGGGUAUUCCGUGCGCCGUCGGCUAUCCAGAUGUGUACGUACGCGUUGCAUCGUUCCGCGCCUGGAUCACUGCAAUUACUGACGGUGUCUCAUUUGUCCGUUCCCUAUAUACAAUGGCUCGUGUACAACAGGUGGUGUUGGUGUUGACCGCUCUGCUCGUGGCAGCUUCCGCGAUCGCUGGACCCAAUAGACGUAUUGUUGGAGGAAUCGAUGCCGUUGCCGGAGAUGCACCAUGGAUGGUUUCGUUGAGAAACUCGAUCAAUCAGCACCUUUGCGGUGGUACACUGUUGAGCAACCGGUUCGUACUUUCGUCGGCCAACUGUUUGUCGGGUCGUUUGGCGACGACCACAAUGGCUGUAACGGGAUCUCGGUUCCUCAAUACGGCGGCCGUACCGUUCUAUGGCAUUCAGAUUAUAACCCAUCCAAGCUUCAACGUCAACACGCUUGAGCAUGAUGUCGCACUGUUCCAGACUGCACUUCCGAUCAUUUUGACUCAAUCGGUUCAACCACUGCCACUGUCAGCGGAAGUGAUUGGAGUUGCCGUACGAGCUCGUGUCUUCGGAUGGGGAGCUUCGGUGGCAAACGGAGGCAACACCAAUGCGCUUCAGUUUUUGAACGUUAACACACUGAGCAAUGAGGACUGUGCCAACUUCUUGGGAGCUGACGGUUGGCGUAUCGGACCAUCUUCACUGUGCACGCUGACCCGUGAAGGACAGGGCAUCUGUGGGGGCGAUGAAGGUGGUGCGCUCGUUCUAGAUAACUAUGCCAUCGGUGUCGCAUCGUGGGGUAUCCCGUGUGCCACCGGUCGUCCGGAUGUGUUUGUCCGUAUCUCGGCUGUUCGUAGCUGGAUUCUUAACUUCAUCUAAAUGACGAUAAGAUGGGGCUGGAAUCGAUAGCAGUGCUGUGGCAAAUAAAAGGUUAAUAAAGCAAAGCAUUUGAAUCUACUCUAACUGUAUGGUUGUUUGAUAAAGAAAAAAAGCGUGUAGAACUAGUAUGGAAUGCAGUGAUAAGACACAGAUUGUGGUGAUAACAUUACUUUAUCGGUAUUGCUGUGAAUUUGCAAUGCGGUAUUUAUGAUGUGUUGUGUAUCUAGCUGUAAAAUAUAGCUUUAAAUGAAAUUUUAAUUAAAAGCACUGUGGAUUAUUUUGACGCUUAUUUUAUUUGUCUGAAGCACAUUAUAAUUCUUAUAAUAGAUUUAAACUCUC